CGGUGACGUCACGCAGGUCGGCGCGUCCCGGCGGCCGCGGUGGCUGGGCUGGAGAGGGCGGCGGUGGCCAGCGCGGCAGAGGGCCGGCCCGGGGCGCGGAGCCGCGGAGGGGUCACAGCUAAGGGACUCCCUGAGAUCGUGUCUCCGGCCUUUCACUGGAGGGGAAGGCACCGGAAGGCCGACCGACCACCAUGUCAACAUUCAGGCAGGAAGAUGUGGAGGACUACUAUGAGAUGGGGGAGGAGCUGGGCAGCGGCCAGUUUGCCAUUGUGCGGAAAUGCCGGCAGAAGGGCACCGGGAAGGAGUACGCGGCCAAGUUCAUCAAGAAGCGUCGCCUGUCGUCCAGCCGGCGGGGCGUCAGCCGGGAGGAGAUCGAGCGGGAGGUGAACAUCCUGCGGGAGAUCCGACACCCCAACAUCAUCACGCUGCACGACAUCUUCGAGAACAAGACGGACGUGGUGCUCAUCCUGGAGCUGGUCUCGGGCGGGGAGCUCUUCGACUUCCUGGCGGAGAAGGAGUCGCUGACGGAGGACGAGGCCACCCAGUUCCUCAAGCAGAUCCUGGACGGCGUCCACUACCUGCACUCGAAGCGCAUCGCCCACUUCGACCUCAAGCCAGAGAACAUCAUGCUGCUGGACAAGAACGUGCCCAACCCACGCAUCAAGCUCAUCGACUUCGGCAUCGCCCACAAGAUCGAGGCGGGGAACGAGUUCAAGAACAUCUUCGGCACCCCCGAGUUCGUGGCUCCCGAGAUCGUCAACUACGAGCCCCUGGGUCUGGAGGCAGACAUGUGGAGCAUUGGUGUCAUCACCUACAUCCUUCUGAGCGGCGCCUCCCCGUUCCUGGGCGAGACGAAGCAGGAGACCCUGACCAACAUCUCGGCCGUGAACUACGACUUCGACGAGGAGUACUUCAGCAACACCAGUGAGCUGGCCAAGGACUUCAUCCGCCGGCUGCUUGUCAAAGACCCCAAGAGAAGAAUGACCAUCGCCCAGAGCCUGGAGCAUUCCUGGAUCAAGGCGAUCCGGCGGCGGAACGUGCGGCGGGAGGACGGCGGCCGGAAGCCGGAGCGGCGGCGCCUGAAGACGGCGCGCCUCAAGGAGUACACCAUCAAGUCGCACUCGAGCAUGCCCCCCAACAACACGUACGUCAGCUUCGAGCGCUUCUCCAAGGUGCUGGAGGAGGUGGCCGCGGCGGAGGAGGGCCUGCGCGGCCUGGAGCACAGCCGGCGCCUGUUCCACGAGGACAUCGAGGCGCUGACGGCCAUCUACGAGGAGAAGGAGGCCUGGUACCGGGAGGAGAACGACAGCAUCGGCCAGGACCUGCGGCGGCUGCGGCAGGAGCUGCACAAGACCGAGGCGCUGCGGCGGCAGGCCCAGGAGGAGGCCAAGGGCGCCCUGCUGGGGGCCAGCGGGCUCAAGCGCCGCUUCAGCCGCCUGGAGAACCGCUACGAGGCCCUGGCCAAGCAGGUGGCCUCCGAGAUGCGCUUCGUGCAGGACCUGGUGUGCGCCAUGGGGCAGGAGAAGCUGCAGGCCGGGGGGUGCGGCCUCCGCUAGGGCCUGGCCGGCGGGCGGGGCCGGGAACCCGAGGCCGCCCUCCCCCGGCUCAGUCCCUCUGUCCUGCGGCUUCCGGGUCAGCGUCCCCCCGGGGAGCCCCGAGAGCCCCGCGAGCGCCGGGCACCGCGGGACAGAGCCGGCCAGGCGGCGCAGGGCCAGCCGCGUGCAAGGCCUGGGCCUGGAGCUCGGAACCCGGGGGCGGGCGGGGGGGGGGGGUCUCACCUGCCUCUGCCGGACGCCGAGGUCCCACCUCUUCUAGAGACGAGAGGCAGCUUCUGACCCGGCCCCCUCGGUCCCCAGCCCUCCCUGCGCCCCCUGGGCUGAGCUGGCACCAGGGCCCGAGCUGAAGAGAUGGCCCGGCCCUUGAGGCGUCGGUUUGGGGCGGGUGGUGAGGGGGCGUGAGGCUGGACGCGGGACCCUGAUGCAGAAGCUGUGUCUGUCCCUCUCUGAGGCCCAGGCGGCCCCAGGUGCCGGGUCAGGAGCCAUCGCUGCCCCUCACUCCUCUCUGCCGUGCCUGUCACAAAGCGCACGCGAUGACCCACACGGCCCGGCCACGCCCCUGCCUCCCGUCCCAGUGCUGCCUUCCGAAUUGUGGGGUAGUCGCCCCCAGAGUGCUCUGCGAAGGCCCAGUGUCCCCCGAGUGCCCCGCGAGCCCCUGAGGCUGCUUGCGGCCGGCCGAACCCUCCCCGCUGGGCCAGAGAAGGUGGAGGAGGGGCUGCAGGGGCAGUGCCCGCACCCGCCACUAGGUGCCGCCCUCGAGCAGGGCCCUGCGCCCCAGGGAACGUGCCCCAAGGUCCCGGAUUCACCAAAACGAGGCUCUCUGGCCGCGUGCUCUGCACUUGUGCCGCGGUUUGGGUUAAGCGAGUGACAUCUGUGUGGCUCCUCCGUAGCCCGAGAGGAGUUCUCCGGACAGAGGCCAGCCUGGCCCGGGGGCGGGAGGAGCCCCCUGAGGUGUCCUCCCGUGUGCCCAGACCCGUCCCCAGCGCCGGGGUGGGGCCCGCCGUGUACCCGUCCGCGAGCUCUGUGUAUCACACGUGCAUGUGCCUAAAGGAAAUAAAGCCCCGCUUCCCCGACACGUGGCUGUUUUCUGUGCUCAGGCCCCGGCCGGGGCGGCCAGUCUUGUGGCCACCCAGUGCCACGGCCGCGCCUGGCUCUCGUGUCUCUUCCCCUCCACUGCUGCCCCCAUGCUCUUUGGGAAGAUGAGGGCAGACCUGGGGGGCCUCGGAGGCUGCCCUGAUCUUGGGGUUUGGCAGGUCGCACUUGCGAUGGAAGCUUCCAGACAGCUGGAACGAAGUCAGAGGGGCCUUCUGUCCCUCUGUGCCGCCUCAGAUGCCGCCGGGCCCCAGUGCCCCAGCGUGAGGACGCCGGCACAGAGGCCACCCCGUCCACCCCGUCCGCUGGGAAGGGAUGGGGGGGGGGGUCCUCGUUCCCCCUGCUGCUGCCUCUGGGUCUGGCACGUGGUUCCGAAAAGGGAAUGCUUUUUACUUUUCUUCCCGGGAGCUGGAGCUCUGGGGUCAGUGGUGCCCUAUCCUUUCAUUACCUCGUGCCCUACACCCAGGGGCGCAUCUCUCCUCACUCGUGUUCUGUUUUUACUUUAA